AUGUUUCCCCUUGUGGGUUUAUAAACUCUGUGACAAUAAGCUUGUAAUUGAAAUCUAGCACUCCUGCUACAAUCCGGCAGUCAAUGUGUUGUUGCUACGGUUAAUAAGUGGCAUUUCCCCCCCACACACACGGUUCAGUGGUGGUGCGAUUUAAAUGGUCAAAUGUACAGAGGCACAUCGAGAUAGAGAGCCAAGGAUGUCUCAUUACACAGACGAACCUCGCUUCACCAUCGAGCAGAUCGACCUGCUCCAGAGGCUGUGGCGUACGGGCAUGACCAAGCAGGAGAUCCUCCACGCCCUGGACACCCUAGACCGGCUGGACCGCGAGCACGGGGACAAGUUUGGACAUCGCACCUCCUACGGGGGAGGAGCGAGCAGCUCUGUGUCAGACCCCAAUUGCACCACCUCCAACAACACUGCAGCCACCACAUCCUCUACGACAUCCUCUUCCUGUAGUAUUAUUCAUAAUAAUGCCGCUGGUGGGAGCAGCCAUGUUAACAACACCACCCUGUCCUCUUCCUGCGCCAACUCUACCGUCGCACAGACCCAGUACCUCUCGCCGCGCGGGGGGCUGUCGCCUAGCAACAGCUACGACACCUCCCCACCGCCCGGCCUGCCCUCCCCAGUGUCACUGGUCACCAUGGCGCAGAACGGGGGGCGGGACAGCCUGGUGGCGACGCCCAAUGGGAAGCUCUCGCCGCCGCGGUACCCGGUGAACAGUGCAGCGGCCGCCAGGGCGUUCGGGUUCGAGGCCACGGAGGAGGAGCUGGAAAUCGAUGACAAGGUGGAGGAGCUCAUGAGGAGAGACGGCAGCAUUGUGAAGGAAGAGAUCAAGUCGUUCCUGGGGAACAGGAGAAUCUCUCAGGCUGUGGUGGCCCAGGUCACAGGAAUCAGUCAGAGCAGGAUCUCUCAUUGGUUGCUUCAACACGGCUCUGACCUCAGUGAACAGAAGAAGAGAGCUUUCUACCACUGGUACCAGCUAGAGAAGACCUCCCCAGGUGCCACUCUAAACAUGCGCCACGCCCCAAUGGCUAUGGAGGAAAUGGAUUGGCGACAGACCACACCCCAUAUAAGUACCGCCCCAGGAAUCUUCCGGCUACGCAGAGGAAGUCGUUUUACCUGGAGGAAAGAAUGUCUGGCUGUGAUGGAGAGCUACUUCAAUGACAACCAGUAUCCCGACGAAGCUAAGAGAGAGGAGAUCUCUAACGCCUGCAACGCUGUCAUCCAGAAACCAGGGAAGAAGCUAUCGGACCUGGAGAGAGUCAGCUCUCUUAAAGUGUACAACUGGUUUGCCAACCGACGCAAGGAGAUCAAGAGACGAGCUAAUAUUGAAGCCACAAUCCUGGAGAGCCAUUGGAUAGACGUCCAGAGUCCCGGAGGACACUCGAACAGCGACGACAUCGAUGGAGGCGACUACACAGAACAGGCCUGUGACCUGGCCUACUUCGACAAGAGACCCAUGGCCAGACCCUUUGGCUUCUACAGGCUAGAGCCCACUUCACCCACACAGGAUGAUGGUACUGACCACCAGGACCCCAUCUCUCUGGCUGUGGAGAUGGCUGCAGUCAACCAUACCAUCCUGGCUCUGUCCCGGACUGGAGGGGUGCCCAGCGACAUCAAGACAGAGGUCCCGGACGAUGACUGAAGAGGUGGUUACUGGACAGUGACUGUGGGAGGAAGGAGUGGGUAGCGAAGGGUAAUAAUCAAGAGGAUACAGUGUGUGUGUGCGUGAGAGAUUGUGGUUCAAGGAAUGUGAAGAUGACCAAAUUGAAACUAUCAAACUCCAGCCACCCUCCUUCCCCUUGUUCUCAGCCCCUCCACGGCCCCAGUGUACUGUACCCCCCUUCCCCUUGUUCUCAGCCCCUCCACGGCCCCAGUGUACUGUACCCUCCUUCCCCUUGUUCUCAGCCCCUCCACGGCCCCAGUGUACUGAACCCCUCCUUCCCCUUGUUCUCAGCCCCUCCACGGCCCCAGUGUACUGAACCCCUCCUUCCCCUUGUUCUCAGGCCCUCCACGGCCCCAGUGUACUGUACCCUCCUUCCCCUUGUUCUCAGCCCCUCCACGGCCCCAGUGUACUGUACCCCCCUUGUUCUCAGGCCCUCCACGGCCCCAGUGUACUGUACCCCCCUUGUUCUCAGGCCCUCCACGGCCCCAGUGUACUGUACCCCCCUUGUUCUCAGGCCCUCCACGGACCCAGUGUACUGAACCCUGUCUUGUCCUCAUCGGAGUGAAAAAGUUGAGUGGAGAAUAAUAAAUGUCUGUUUUCUGGACCGCCACCCCAAUAUGGUGCCACUGGCCUGGGGCCCUGGUCAACCGGUUUUCCCACUCCUCCUCUGAGCCCAGACCCACAUACCUCAAUCCUAUCUGGGUGCAGCUGUACUGUAUAUAUGGAAUCUGUUCUCAUCAGCGACAUAGAAGUCUGUUGUAGAACGUUCUAGAAUAGAAGUCUGUUCUAGAAUAGAAGUCUGUUCUGGAAUAGAAGUCUGUUCUGGAAUAGAAGUCUGUUCUGGAAUAGAAGUCUGUUCUGGAAUAGAAGUCUGUUCUGGAAUAGAAGUCUGUUGUAGAACGUUCUAGAAUAGAAGUCUGUUGUAGAACGUUCUAGAAUUGAAGUCUGUUGUAGAACGUUCUAGAAUUGAAGUCUGUUGUAGAACGUUCUAGAAUAGAAGUCUGUUCUGGAAUAGAAGUCUGUUGUAGAACGUUCUAGAAUAGAAGUCUGUUCUGGAAUAGAAGCGAUACCAUUUCUAGGGUUCUCAUAAUGUCUCAUCUUGUGCUGCCCUGAACCCAUUUCCUUGUGCAAUGCGUUGGUAGAGCAUCAGUGGCCUCUUACUAACACUUCUGGAAGAGGGGGAGGGAUGUAGUUAGUCACCCUGCCAAAGAACAGUCAGUUGAGUACUCAUCUGUGGAUUGGACUGUUCUGAUUGGACUAUAUUGUUCCCUACUGUUCAAUGUAUUCUGCAAUCUACGGCUUUCAUUACUACUGGAGUCUUAACGUUUGGUUUGUAAACACUGACGAUGUGAAUUUUUCCCAUGUCUUUCUUUUAAAUGGAAUGGCCACCAGAAAUACAGAAGUUCCUUUCUGUACAGGACGGUUAUGUGCAUGCGGCAAAAAGCCAUCUGAAAGCCAGCAGUAGCACCCAAAGCCAAAUGAGACAAGACACAGAGUUAACUUCUGAUCAGUUUAUCCUUGUAGGUCAGUGGGUAUUAAAGGGACAAUCUGCGAUUUGGUUAAUUAUUUUCUGACUUAAAUAAUGAUAUAAAAAAAAAUGUAUUAUAUAAUUUCAAACGGACCUGAGAGCUGUGUUACAGAGAUGGUGAAGCUAGUCUUUUUAAGGGUUAAAUUUGAUCAAAAGUAAAUUAACUAACAGCGGGUGAGUUUCCUGGAAGUUCGGUAGCGCUAAGAUCGCGUCCAUUGGCGGCAACGUGUGAAUGAUGUCAGUGUCGACAGACGGUACAAAGCUUUUGGGUAAAUCGCCCUCAUUGAAGGACGUAACAUAUCAUGAAAUGGAUGACGUUGUACCCAAUUGGAUGAGCACCACUUUCCAAAAAUACUGUCUGAAAAAAAUAUAUUAUAAUUAUUAUUAUUUUCCCCCCCAGGGGCCACAUUCGGUCUUCAACGAAGUCUGGAGGGCCGCACUGGAAGUAGAUUUCCUCGCUGUUAAAAUGAGCAAAAAGAUUGUCCUCAAACCAUCGUUUAGGGAAUUUCCGAUACUCCCUGACUGUCCAGCUUUAAUUUCAGUGAUUUUUAAUAGUGCGCUGGACACAGUCGAGGGAACUCUAUAAAUGUAGGUCUAUUAUGAUUACUACGUGACACCCCUGCUUUAAGGGGGGAGUGAAUAUCAGCAGACACUCGGCCCUCUGGGAACUGAGUCCCCUGGUAGACGGUGUAUAUACAUUCAUAGUAUUCCGAUCCAUUCAUCUGUCCACAUCUACACAUCGUCCACAUGUUACAUCAGACUUAUUCUAAAAUGGAUGAAAUUGUUUUUAUUCCCCUCAUCAAUCUACACACAAUACCCCGUAAUGACAAAGCAAAAAACAUUAUUUUAAAAAAAUGUUUUUUUGCCGAAUGUAUUACAAAUAAACUCACAUUUUACGUAAGUAUUCAGACCCUUUACUCAGUACUUUGAUGAAGCACCUUUGGCAGCGAUUACAGCCUAGAGUCUUCUUGGGUAUGACGCUACAAGCUUGGCACACCUGUAUUUGGGGACUUUCUCCCAUGCUUCUCUGCAGAUCCUCUCAAGCUCUGUCAGGUUAGAUGGGGAGUGUUGCUGCACAGCUAUUUUCAGGUCUCUCCAGAGAUGUUUGAUCGGGUUCAAGUCCGGCCACUCCGGGACAUUCAGAGACUUGUCCACGAAGCCACUCCUGCAUUGUCUUGGCUUUGUGCUUAGGGUUGUUGCUGCUGGUACCACCAUGCUUCACCGUAAGGAUGGUGCCAGGUUUCCUCUAGACGUGACGCUUGGCAUUCAGGCUGAAGAGUUCAAUUUUGGUUUUAUCAGACCAACUCAACUCUGUGUGUAUAUACAGUGUAGUUUGAAAGGAGAGCAGAGUUGGGGACAAUAGGAACGUGGACACUUGACUUGAGCUACGCUUUGAAUAACUUUUAAAAGAUCGGGACGAUUUGCGGGCAGAGUAAAAUACAUGAUAUCAAUAUUUAUUUCCUGUCAAUGUCGGAGUCUAAACUAUAGCCAUAUAUUUUCCAAUACACCGUGCUUCUCUGCACAAUACAUACAGUGCAUUCAGAAAGUAUUCAAGUAUUUGUAUAUACAGUGUAGUAUAGUAUAUAUACAGUGUAGAAAGAGCGAAUACUUUCCUGUAUCUUUGUAGUGACUGGGUGUAUUGAUACAACAUCCAGUGUCAUUCAUAAUUUCACCUCAAAAGGGAUAUUCAAUGUCUGCUUUUUAUUUAUUUGACCAAUCUACCAAUGGUUGCCCUUCUUUGCGAGGCACUUGAAAACCUCCCUGGUCUUUGUGGUUGGAAUUCACUGCUCGACUGAGGGAUCUUACAGAUAAUUGUAUGUGUGGGGUUACAGAGAUGAGGUAGUCAUUCAAUCAUCAAACCCCGUAAUUACAGAGUGAGUCCAUGCGACUUGUUAAGCACAUUUUUACUCCUGAACUUUAGCCAAAACAAAGGAGUUGAAUACUUAACAUUUCGGGCUUUUAAUUUUUUUAAAUAAUUUGUACAAAUUUCAAAAAACAUAAUUCAACUUUGACAUAAUGGGGUAUUAUGUGUAGGCUAGUGACAUCUCCUAUUUAAUCCAUUUUAAAUUCAGGCUGGAACAACAAAAUGUGGAAAAAGUCCAGGGGUGUGACGCCUUUCUGAAGGCUUUUUUUCUGAAGGCUUUUUAAAAUACAGUUUGAGCCUUCACACACGUCUGAGUCUAGUUGAGCGGAGAUAAGCAUUCUUGUUGGAACCAUGCUGGACAGGACGAUGUCAAAGGGAAAUAUCUGAGCCAGUAUGGUUUGGUUCGGCACGAUAGUGUGGAAAGGGUAUUUAUCGGACUGGUAUUAUUUAAUUCUGCUGCUUCAGAGGAUCUAGUCUUGCCCUAACCCUGCACUGGGUUCGCUGUUCUUGACUAAAGAAACGGGUUCAAGAAGAAGAAAGAAAAAAAAGACAAAUGUAUUUAUAUUAUUUAUUUUUUAUGUUCUUAGUGUAAAAUUAUGAGGAGGAUGAUACUGUAUGUUUGGAAAUUAUGCUUUUAUUGUUAAAUCAAUCAAUCAAAUUUCAAAUGUAUUUAUAAAGCGCUUCUUCCAUCAGCCUAAAACCACAAACAGCAAGCAAUGCAGGUGUAGAAGCAUGGUGGCUAGGAAAAACUCCCUAGAAAGGCCAGAACCUAGGAAGAAACCUGGAGAGGAACCAGGCUAUGAGGGGUGGCCAGUCGUCUUCUGGAUGUGCCGGGUGGAGAUUGUAACAGAACAUGGCCAAGAUGUUCAAAUGUUCAUAGAUGACCAGCAGGGUCAGAUAAUAAUAAUCACAGUGGUUGUUGAGGGUGCAGGUUAGCACCAGGUCAGCACCUCAGGAGUAAAUGUCAGUUGGCUUUUCAUAGCCGAUCAUUCAGAGUAUCUCUACCGCUCCUGCUGUCUCUAGAGAGUUGAAAACAGCAGGUCUGGGGCAGGUAGCACGUCCGGUGAACAGGUCAGGGUUCCAUAGCCGCAGGCAGAACAGUUGAAACUGGAGCAGCAGCACAACCAGGUGGACUGGGGACAGCAAGGAGUCAUCAGGCCAGGUAGUCCUGAGGCAUGCUCCAAGGGCUCAGGUCCUCAGAGAGAGAAAGAGAGAAUUGGAGAGAGCAUACUUAAAUUCACACAGGACACCGGAUAAGACGGGGAAAAUACUCCAGAUAUAACACUGACCCUAGCCCCCCGACACAAACUACUGCAGCAUAAAUACUGGAGGCUGAGACAGGAGCGGUCAGGAGACACUGUGGCCCCAUCCGACGAUACCCCCGGACAGGGCCAAACAGGCAGGAUAUAACUUUGCCAAAGCACAGCCCCCACACCACUAGAGGGAUAUCUUCAACCACCAAUUUACCAUCCUGAGACAAUGCCGAGUAUAACCCACAAAGACCUCCCCCACGGCACAACCCAAGGGGGGCCAACCCAGACAGGAAGAUCACGCAGUGACUCAACCCACUCAAGUCACGCAGCCCUCCUAGGGAUGGCAUGGAAGAGCUCCAGUAAGCCAGUGACUCCGCCCCUGUAAUAGGGUUUGAGGCAGAGAAUCCCAGUGGAGAGAGGGGAACUGGCCAGGCAGAGACAGCAAGAGCGGCUCGUUGCUCCAGUGCUUUUCCGUUCACCUUCACACUCCUGGGCCAGACUACACUCAAUUAUAGGCCUACUGAAGAGAUGAGUCUUCAAUAAAGACUUAAAGGUCGAGACCGAGUCUGCGUCUCUCACAUGGGUAGGCAGACCAUUCCAUAAAAAUGGAGCUCUAUAGGAGAAAGCCCUGCCUCCAGCUGUUUGCUUAGAAAUUCUAGGGACAGUAAGGAGGCCUGCGUCUUGUGACCGUAGCGUACGUGUAGGUAUGUACGGCUGGACCAAAUCAGAAAGAUGGGUAGGAGCAGGCCCAUGUAAUGCUUUGUAGGUUAGCAGUAAUACCUUAAUCAGCCCUAGGCUUAACAGGAAGCCAGUGUAGGGAGGCUAGCACUGGAGUAAUAUGAUCAAACGUUUUGGUUCUAGUCAGGAUUCUAGCAGCCAUGUUUAGCACUAACUGAAGUUUAUUUAUUGCUUUAUCCGGGUAUCUGGAAAGUAGAGCAUUGCAGUAGUCUAACCUAGAAGUGACAAGCAUGGAUUAAUUUUUCAACAUUUUUGGACAAAGUUUCUGAUAUUUGCAAUGUUACGUAGAUGGAACAAAGCUGUCUUUGAAACAGUGUUGAUAUGUUCGUCAAAAGAGAGAUCAGGGUCCAGAGAAACGCAGAGGUCGUUCAGUUUUAUUUGAGAUGACUGUACAACCAUCAAGAUUAUUUGUCAGAUUCAACAGAAGAUCUCUUUGUUUCUUGGGACCUAGUACAAGCAUCUCUGUUUUGUCAGAGUUUAAAAGUAUAACAUUUGCCACCAUCCACUUCCUUCUGUCUGAAACACAGGCUUCCAGGUAGGGCGAUUUUGGGGCUUCACCAUGUUUCAUCGAAAUGUACAGCUGUGUGUCGUCCACAUAGCAGUGAAAGUUAACAUUAUGUUUCCGAAUGACAUCAUCAAGAGUAAAAUAUAUAGUGAAAACAAUAGUGGUCCUAAAACGGAGCCUUGAGGAACACCGAAAUUUACAGUUGAUUUUGUCAGAGGACAAACUGAUAUGUAUCCGACAGAUAAGAUCUAAACCAGGCCAGACCUUGUCCGUGUAGACCAAUUUGGGUUUCCAAUCUCCAAAAGAAUGUGGUGAUCAAUGGUAUCAAAAGCAGCACUAAGGUCUAGGAGCACGAGGACAGAUGCAGAGCCUCGGUCUGACGCCAUUUAAAAGGUCAUUUACCACCUUCACAAGUGCAGUCUCAGUGCUAUGAUGGGGUCUACAACCAGACUGAUGCAUUUCGUAUACAUUGUCUUCAGGAAGGCAACGAGUUGCUGCACAACAGCUUUUUCUAAGAUUUGAGAGGAAUGGGAGAUUUGAUACAGGCCUAUAUAUUUUCUGUGUAAAGGUUAGGCUUUUUCAAGAGGCUUUACUGCCACUUUUAGUGAGUUUGGUACACAUCCAGUGGAUAGAGAGCCGUUUAUUAUGUUCAACAUAGGAGGGCCAAGCACAGGAAGCAGCUCUUUCAGUAGUUUAGUUGGAAUAGGGUCCAGUAUGCAGCUUGAAGGUUUAGAGGCCAUGAUUAUUUUCAUCAAUGUGUCGAGAUAUAGUAUUAAAAAAAAUGUAAGGGGCUCCCUUGAUCCUAGGUCCUGGCAGAGUUUUGCAGACUCAGGACAACUGAGCUUUGGAGUAAUACGCAGAUUUAAAGAGGAGUCUGUAAUUUGCUUUCUAAUGAUUAUGAUCUUUUCCUCAAAGAAGUUCAUGAAUUUAUUACUACUGAAGUGAAAGCCAUCCUCUCUUGGAAUGCUGCUUUUUAGUUAGCUUUGUGACAGUAUCAAAAAUACAUUUGGGAUUGUUCUUAUUUUCCUCAAUUAAAUUGGAAAAAUAGGAUGAUCGAGCAGCAGUGCACGGUAGUCUUUCCAAGCUAGUCGGAAGACUUCCAGUUUGGUGUGGCGCCAUUUCCGUUCAAAUUUUCUGGAAGCUUGCUUCAGAGCUCGGUUAUUUUCUGUAUACCAGGGAGCUAGUUUCUUAUGACAAAUGUUUUUAGGGGUGCGACUGCAUCUAGGGUAUUGCGCAAGUUUAAAUUGAGUUCCUCGGUUAGGUGGUUAACUGAUUUUUGUACUCUGACGUCCUUGGGUAGGUGGAGGGAGUCUGGAAGGGAAUUUAGGAAUCUUUGAGUUGUCCGAGAAUUUAUAGCACGGCUUUUGAUGAUCCUUGGUUGGGGUCUGAGCAGAUUAUUUGUUGCGAUUGCAAACGCACUGAGUCGAUGAUGGCUCCGAAAGCCUUUUGGAGUGGGUCUGUGGACUUUUCCAUGUGAAUAUUAAAGUCACCAAAAAUUUGAAUAAUAUCUGCCAUGACUACAAGGUCUGAUAGGAAUUCAGGGAACUCAGUGAGGAAUGCUGUAUAUGGCCCAGGAGGCCUGUAAACGGUAGCUAUAAAAAGUGACUGAGUAGGCUGCAUAGAUUUCAUGACUAGAAGCUCAAGACGAAAACUAAUUUUUUUCAUUGAAAUUUGCUAUCGUAAAUGUUAGCAACACCUCCGCCUUUGCGGGGUCAAUUCUUAUUUUAUUUUUUUUAAAUUUAAAUCGUUUUCUUAUUCCAGUGUUGUGUGUUUGUGUAUUCCCUUACGAAGAACAGUCUCCGUGUGUGAGAUGACAAGAUACUAUAUUGUGUAAUAGCAUAGCAGUCCUCUAUUGCAGGUGAACUGUCCUUUUUAAAUAAGGCUACUCUCCUGUAGUAGAACCUCCCAACCUGAAGGGGGUGUUGUGGUACAGGUCCUGGAUGCUAGAAUGUUCUGGCAUUAUUCAAGUUAAUGGGAUUCGUUUUCAGGUCUAUUACACGCCAUACGCGCAAACUUAGGCAUUAGCUUGGGGAGCUUACAAGUCUUCAAGGCCAAAUAGGUAUCCUGUACAAAAUGUAAAUUGUUAUUCUAAUGGUUGUCCAAUCACACAAACAAACUCAUAAUAGUAAGUCCUAACACCUGAAAGUGACCUCUGCUUUCUCUCCUUGUCCUCCAUGUGUUUAGCAAAGUGCAAGGGGGUCAGAGGCGGACUGGCAAUAGGGCGAUUCAGGCCAAUGCCAGGUGGGCUAGUCCAUCUUUAGCCCAGGUUGACUGGCUAAAUUGGGGUAUAUCGUAGAAUAAUUAUAAUGGGUCCUAAAGCAAAAAAGAUUACCUGUGUGGGAGCUUCAAAGAAUUAAUGGGCCAGUGUGUUAAAUGCCACGGCCGAUUUCUGGUCGCAGUCCGCCCCUGAAGGGGGGGUGUUUGUGCUGUGUCAAGGUCCAGGUUCAGACUUAUAUCUACAGUUCCUGCCAUGUCUCCUGUCCCCAGUAAAUAUAAUCAACGACAUUUAAAUUAAAACGGUCAAUAUAGUUCUCUGAAAUGUCCAAGACUGAGUGCUGUUUUAUCAGUUGUUCUCCAAUAGUCUUCUGAAUUACUGUAUUGGCCAUUAAAGAAUUGUGCCUUUUUUCUUUUUGUAUUUUUUUGGGGGGACCGACUGUUCUGUAAUUAAAAUGUAGUAUAUGAAGUUUUUUCUACUGUUUUCUUUGUUGGAAUUGGUGUGUGUGCAGUUUAAGUCGGAAGUUUACAUACACCUUAGCCAAAUACAUUUAAACUCAGUUUUUCACAAUUCCUGACAUUUUAAUCCUAGUAAAAAUGCACUGUUUUAGGUCAGUUAGGAUCACCACUUUAUUUUAAGAAUGUGAAAUGUCAGAAUAAUAGUAGAGAGAAUGAUUUAUUUCAGCUUUUAUCACAUUCCCAGUGGGUCAGAAGUUUACAUACUCGAUUAGUAUUUGGUAGCAUUGCCUUUAAAUUGUUUAACUUGGGUCAAAUGUUUCGGGUAGCCUUCCAAAAGCUUCCCACAAUAUGUUGGGUGAAUUUUGGCCCAUUCCUCCUGGCAGAGCUGGUGUAACUGAGUCAGGUUUGUAGGCCUCCUUGUUGCUAUCAGAAGCUUCUAAAGCCAUGACAUCAUUUUCUGGAAUUGUCCAAGCUGUGUAAAUGCACAUUCAACUUUGUAUGUAAACUUCUGACCCACUGGAAUUGAGAUUAAGUGAAAUAAUCUGUCUAAACAAUUGUUGGAAAAAUGAAUUGUCAUGCACAAAGUAGAUGUCCUGACCGACUUGCCAAAACUGUAGUUUGUUAACAAGCGAUUUGUGGAGAGGUUGAAUAAUGAGUUUUAAUGACUCCAACCUAAGUGUAUGUAAACUUCCGACUUCAAAUGUAUUACACACACGCAAUAAAAUUAUAUCAAUGAGA